CAUGUCGUCUGCUUCGCGAGCUCAACACGGCUGUCGAUAAAAUGGCGGAAUCACCAAUAACUGUCCAAUUAGGUGGAGGAACCACCGAUAUUCCAUUUCGAUCGACCAAUCAAAACGAAAAGAGCAAACGUUUCUUCAUUCUGAUUGGUUGACGCAAUUCUUUGAGGCAUCUCUAGUAUCUCGAUGAUCAUAGUCAAAAAAGAUGUAUACAAAGACGCAUGUCACUUUGGCUAUAGAUACAGAGUUGUAUUAUUUAGUCGUAUAAUUUUCAGUUCAAAUUUUUGUUAUAUUAGAAAACUCUUAUGCAAAAUUAUUUAGAUGAGUUAGUCUGUAAUUAAGUAAUACUUGCUUUAUAUCGUGAAUUUAGAAAUUAUCUUCAGUUUUGAAUAAUAGAGAUACAUAGAUACCAUGUCCAGAAGAAAAGGUGUUUCACUCGAUGAGAAACGUUUAAGAAUAAUACAAAUAUUUCAUGAAAAAAAAGAAUUCUUUACGCUAAAGGAAAUUGAAAAAAUUGCUUCAAAGGAAAAGAAAAUUGUGGUGCAAUCUGUUCAAGAUGUACUACAAGCAUUGGUGGAUGAUGGUUUAGUACAAUCUGAGAAAAUUGGCAAUUCUAUAUUCUUUUGGAAAUUUCCAGGACAAAAUAUUGCUGCAACGGAAUGCAAAAUAGCAGAUACAAGCAAAAAGAUAGUUGAAACAGAAUUUAAACUUCAAAAGCUGAAGGAAGAGAUACAGAAAGAAAAGGAAUUAAAGAAUGAUACAGAGGAGAGGAGAAUAUUAUUGGAAGAAGUGGAAUGUUUAAAGAAAGAGGAACAAGAAAUUCAAAAGCAAAUUGCCAAAUUCAGUGUUAUCAAUCCAGAAGAAAUUGCAGAAAUAAAAAGGAAAGCACAGAGGGCCAAAGACCUAGCAAAUAUAUGGACGGACAACAUUUUUGCUAUACAGAGCUGGUCCAGAACUAAGUUUAACAUCUCGGAACAAGAUCUCAAUAAGCAAUUUAAUAUUCCUGAUGGCUUGGAUUACAUAGAAUAAGUCUCAUUCUCUGCUAGCUUGUAAUUUGUUAUUAACAAAUUAUUUUUUUUAUUUUUUUUU